AUGGACAUCGCUUUUUGUCCUCUCAUAAUUGGCGCCAAGGACUCUGAAGCUCUUCAGUCCUCUGGUGAUAACGGCAAAGCUUCUACAAGCUAUAGCGGAGCGAGUGAGCUCGAAAAGUUUCAUGUCAACGAUGUAGGCGUCGCCGCCAUCUCCCCUAGCUUGAAUAUGGAGAUUUUCCACCUGAUCAAGUGCAGAAAUAAGAAUUUCAAGGUGCUAGUUGGUAACAAACUGAUUGGGAUACAUUGGACAACAAAACAUGCAAUGACUAGAAUUCUUUAA